AGUGCUCUUGAGUUUAUUUAUCUGGUAAACCAUAUUUGUGAAAAAACUGAGGAUAAUAUUGCAUCCAUGUGACGUGUUACUCAAGAAAACUGUAAAUAAACUAGAUCUUUUGCAUGUUUUUGAAGUGCUACUAAAAAAAUUAAGGCUUAUUUUAACCGAGGUCUGACUAUGGUAAAAAAUGUAUAAUUUAGGCCUUUUGGAAUAUAUUUUGAUAAUAAUCUGGUUUUUUUCCAUUAUAUUAAUACUGGCAGCUAUAUACUCAAAUCAUAGCUCGGGCAGGGUAACAUUUAUCGUUGCGACACUUUUAACCGCCUUUUUUUAUACGUUGCCCGAGGAAAUUUUACACGGGGUCGCUAACAGUUUCUAUCGCAAUGUCUUUGUACCGUUUCCCGCUACCGUAAUAUCAGCGGCUGUUGGCAUUCUCGUAGCUUACAUUUAUUUGUUCAGUUAUGUAUCUGUCUAUGAACCCGAGGAUCCACCUCCUCAAGUGAAGCCUCCCGGUAAAACUGAUUAAAAUUAACAACCGUACAAUGAAUAAUGCCAUCUGUCAAGGACUGCGGUCACCAGUUCGGCGGCUCGCUGGUCUAAGAAAUAAACUUAUAUCAACAUCUGUUGUCCACAAUGAGACCAUUCUAGUCAAGAAUUACGAUGAUUUCGUAAAUAAGGUGAUGAAUAACGAGAAACCUGUGAUAGUGAACUUCCACGCGGAGUGGUGUGAGCCGUGCAAGAUCCUCACGCCGAAGCUCAAGGAGUUGGUUGAACCGUUCACUUCGCUGGAUCUCGCCAUAGUCGACGUGGAAGACAACGCGGAGCUAGUUCACACCUUUGAGGUGAAAGCGGUACCGGCGGUCAUAGCCAUCAGGAAUGGUCUCAUAGUGGACAAAUUCAUCGGCCUUGUGGACACGGACAUGAUCAACAGUCUCAUAGAACGGAUGGCGGGGAAACGGAAUAAUGGCGCGUAAAAAUGACAUUGAUAAAUGAUAUGUAACUCUAAUAUAAUCUGUGCUCUGAUCCCGCUUCUGUCGCUGUUAGAUAUAAUUAUGUUGAAAUAUUUAUGAGCCGUCAAAUAGAUACGUAAAUAAGGGCACAAUUGACAGGUCUAGUUUGUGACAAUAUAAAAAAUAUAUGAAUAAUAUACAGUACGCUACGUACGAUGAUUUGUAAAACUUCAAUAAAAUAUAAAGUGUAGCACAAUCUGUAUAUAUUUUGUUAGUUUUUUUUAACUAUGAAGUAUUUUUAUAAAGAAAAAAUGUGACAUCGUUUCUUUGAAGUUAUUUUGAUAUAUUUUCGAAAAAGCCGCAAUUGCUCAUAUACUUUAAUUGUUAUAAGAACUAGAUAUGUUUAAUAAAUAUUUUGUUUUAUUGUUUACCUCACGUUUAUUUACUAUUUAAUGGUAAGUAAAUAUAUAAUAUGCUAUUAGUUUAAAAUGUUCUAAACGGUUAAAGGUGCCAUAUACUGAUUCUGAAUGGAAUAUUUUUGCUAUCAACUCGACAACAUAUUCUAAAUUUUGAAUUUUCAUAUAAAUUAGUUAUAGUCUAUGAAUGUAAAGGAUAAUAACUCGGCUGAGGAAUUCGUUGGCUCGAAUCUCGAUGUUACCUUUCCGAGUCUUGCGAGUUAUUCAUUCUUUAAGUAGUGUAUUGUAACCUGAGUAUGCGAUAUCUUAGAGCUUUGUAGAUUAAGCUUAUAUCAUAUAGAGAACGCGAACCAUUUACCUGGCGUUUAGAAAUUCCCUAACAUAUAUUUACCCCAUGUAUUGUAUUAUAUUAAUAAAAGAUGUAGAUCUACAAGUUGAUGAUCUGGUUAUGAUAGUGUUGCCAGUCUCUGUUUUCGUAAUUUUUACAAGGGACUGGUGAAGGGUAAUAUUGUAUCAUCUUCAUCGGUGCUUAGAAUCCUUCCUUUUAUUGAUUCAGAGAUAUAAAUAUUUAUUCUCUUAGUAGUAUGAUAGCGUCAGUAUGCCGUCUUUGUAUUUUUACCAAUAACAUACAAUUCAUAAUUAAAAUAUACUAUAAACAAUUAUCGACAUGGUGAAAUCGUAUCGGUGUUACAUAUUGCCAGUUAAGAAAAAGAACACGGCAUUCUAACGCUCCUAAAAUUUUAUUAUAUUUAUAAUGUAAUUAGUGAACACAGGUCAAAGUAUUAUAUUCGGACCAGUUUAGGGCCCAAAACAAAAAGAUAUGAAUUUAGAUUUCCUUGUUAUUAGAUUUAAAUAAUUAAAAUCUCAAUUAUCGCUGACGUGUUUCCAUCUAUAUUCUUAGUUAUCAUAAAUAGCGUUCAAAGUGUUUUAUUUCAUAUGUCGAUGUUUUUAAAACACUUUGCAAAUAUUUAGAGGCAUGUUGGUGUGGAAUAAAUUUAUCUUUCCUGCAA